AUGCUAUCGAAAAACUACCAAGGAAACCCUCUCAGAGGUGCGCCUCUUUGCAAGAGACAUUUCCAAGAACACGUCUUUGGCCAGACGUCAAAAUCAAACUCGCCAACUCGCGUCCAACCAAGACGACUUGCAAAAGACAAACAUCUCCUGACAAAAAGAGACACCAAGAAACGGUAUUCAGACGAGGAGCUGUUCAGUUCAAUCACGAAACGCAGAAAGACCGACAGCCCAGUCUCACAGAACAGGAAAUGGAACUCAUUUACCAGUUCACUCGAACGGCAGGUGAGUCAGAUCGCCCUACAGGCUUCAGAGAAGGGUCCUCACAACUGUUCCCUUGGCCCAGUGCCAUUGGAAUGCCAUAUGUGCGUGUCACAUUUUGCCGAGUUUAUGGUUGAAAGGCUUGCCAUCGUGAAGCCUGUAGCGCCAGUUGCUAAUAUGGCCACUGUUGGAAAGGUCUUGAAACUCAACUCUAGGAUGGAUUUCGGAGAGGGAGAAAUGAUCACAUUUCAAUGGGAGGGCUUGUCGGUGAUCUUCUUCCAGGACUUGACGAAGACUCGAUUUGCAGACCAUGGUGGAAACUUUAGAGUAAGAAACGUGGCUAAGAAUUUAAGCACAAUCGAAUCAACGCAACUUCAAUACUCUGCAUGA